AUCGCCCUCGUCGCAUUUGCUUCUCGUCACUCGCGAAUGAUUUUCGAGGACCCAUCUCAGUUAGUUUGUAACUGAACAGGACACGCAAAGCCAAGACUCUCCCGAACUUGAAAGCCACGUCUCUGUUCAAACGAUCCAUUCGAGGGCACACACCGGACGGUAUUCGGUGCUAAUGGCGGCAACCGGUACAAACGGGCACCAGCAGCUCCGCUUCCUGAUCUGGGGCGGCGAUGGCUGGAUUGCAGGCCAUCUCAAGACCCUGCUGGAAAGCCAGGGUAGGGAAGUACAUUCGACCACGGUCCGAAUGGAGAACCGUGAGGAAGUACUUCGGGAGCUCGACCGGAUCCGACCAACGCACGUCCUUAACGCUGCCGGCUGCACAGGGCGCCCCAACGUCGACUGGUGUGAGGACAACAGGGAAGCCACCAUCAGAUCCAACGUCAUUGGCACCCUGAACCUCGCCGACUGCUGCUUUCUCCGGGGCAUCCACUGUACCGUAUUUGCUACCGGGUGCAUUUACCAGUAUGACGACGCGCACCCGUGGGAUGGGCCGGGCUUCCUUGAGACCGACCCGCCCAACUUUGCCGGCAGUUUCUACUCCAUGACCAAGGCGCAUGUGGAAGAGAUCCUCAAGCACUACAACAACUGCUUGAUCCUGCGGCUGCGCAUGCCAGUCUCGGACGACCUUCAUCCCCGGAACUUCGUGACCAAGAUAUCCAAGUACGAGCACGUUGUGAAUAUACCGAACAGCAACACGAUCCUGGCCGAUCUGCUACCGGCGUCGAUCCUGCUGGCUGAGCACGGCGAGGUGGGGGUCUACAACUUCACAAACCCCGGCGCCAUCUCGCACAACGAAGUCCUGACCUUGUUCCGCGAUAUUGUGCGGCCCUCGUAUACUUGGAGGAACUUCAGCCUCGAGGAGCAGUCCAAGGUCAUCAAAGCAGACCGCAGCAACUGCAAGCUAGACACUACGAAAUUGGUGUUAAAGCUGAAGGAAUAUGGCUAUGAGAUCCCAGAGAUCCACGAGGCAUACCGGAAGUGCUUUGAGCGAAUGAAGGCUGCGGGUGUGCAGAAAUAGAAGAAUUAAAAAAAAAAAAA